UCGUCACAAGAAAUCAAAACGUGAUAUCAGUACAACAAAAAUAUUCAAAAGAUUCAAAAAUACAACAAAAUAUUGGUCAAAAUGCCCUGGAAUCAGUUGACAAUACAUUUAAUUUUCAUGAUAAACAUAGAACACAAAACAAAAUUGAAAAGGUGAUAAAAACAAAAACAACACCAUCUAUUCCAAGAAAAAUUUCUAAAAAAAAUAAUACUAUUAGUGUAAAAAAUUCAACUUUAUCUAAUCUAGAUAAUACAAAAACAUCUCCUAGUAACGAUAACAUUAGUAAUGUGUUCUUACAUUGUGCCAAUAAUUGUAAAAAUAAGAAAAAUAUAAAACAGAAUAUUUCCACAAAAAAAUUAAAUAAUUUACCGAAAUCAACAAAAUCAACAAAAUCAACAUUACAAAUAACAUCACCAUCAUCAUUACCUUUUCAAAUAUAUGAUAGCCAUACAAAAAAUCAAAAUAUAUCCUUAUUAUCUUCAUCAGUGACAUCAUCUACUCUAGAUUCUGUUGCUAAAUCAUCUAGUAAACAAAAGCAGCAACAACAACAACAACAAAACCACAAUAAUAAACAUAAAAAUUCAAAAAAACAUAAUAAUAAAUUGAAAUAUACUAAUAAUAAUAAACAUCAUCAAAAAGAUGAAAAACAUCAAAAAAAUAAAAAGCAACCUCAACGAAAACAACAUCAGCAACAAAAACAACAACAACAAAUACAACAUCAAAAGCAUAAAAGUCAUCACUUAAAUGUAGAAAAUGAGAAUAGUGGUAAUAAUAGAAAUCAUCAAAAACUAAAGCAACAUUUUAAACAACAACAGCAAAAACGUCGUUAUAAUCGGAAAUUGCAUAAUACCGAAAAUUUAACAACAUCUAAUGUCAUUGCAAGCCAAAAAUAUAAUAGUACAAUACACCAUGUAAGCAUAAUUGAAAAAUUACCUGUAAACCAUAAACGAAAUGUUAAACAACAAAAUAAUCAUAACAAUAACAAUAGCAAGUCAAAUAAUCAUACAAAAUUAUCAUCAUCAUCAUCAUCAUCAUCAGAAAAAUCAUCUUUAACUACUUUACCUGAUAACAAGGUAAAUCAUCAUCAUUCUAGUACAGAAACAGAAAAUAAUAAAAAGAAGAAGAAAAAUAACAAUAAAAAGAGCAACAACAGUAACAAUGGCAACAAUAGUAAAAAUAACAACAAAAAUUUUGUACAAAAUCAUAGCAACAAAAUGAGAUUGCAUGACAUUUCUAUUAGUAACGAUAAAAAUCACAGUAUGAUACAUCAGGAUAUUAAGAAUGCUUCUUCUAAAAGUAAAAAUCAUCAUAAUAACAACAAAAAUAAUUACAGUAAUAAUAAUAAUAAGGUCAAAGUAAAGGUGCAUCAUAAUAAUCAAAAUAAAAAUGAUAAUAAGCAACAUAAAGGUAAAAAUCAUCAACAUCAUUGUAAUCAACAUCAAUUGCAUUCACAGCAAGAGAAUCCUAAUCAAGCUAAGACAACUGUAUUGCCACGUGUUUUAAUAACAAAUUCAACAUUAACAAAACAAACAGUAAAAGCAACAAAAUUAAAUACAAAAAAUAAAAAUAAAAAAGAAAAAGAAGUAAUAAAAUCAAAAGUACCAGAAUUAUUAAUAACAACAGAAAUUGCAAUACCAUCCCAUUUACAAUCAUCAAUAUUAUCAAAUAUAGUUCCAUCAGAUAUACAAAUUUCUAUUGCAAACAAUACUUUAGAUAUAUUUCAAACUUUUGCAACCAAAACAACAAUACCAACAAUAACAGCAACAACAAAUUCAAUUGAAUUUGACCACCAGGAUAAUAUUGAAAAACAUAGAAAACUUUAUGAUGAAAAAAUUACUUCAACUGAUGAAUAUAUUACUGGAACUAUUGGAACAACAACUACAAAUUCAAUACCAAUAGUAAAUACAAAUGUUGAAAAAACUUUACUUAAAACUGAUAUAGAAAAGGUUGAUGAGGAAGUAAAAAAUUUUAGUAAGUUAGAAGAAUACAAAAAUAAUACAAUUAUAACUGCAAGGAGACAUGUCAAUUCAUCUCUAGAUGCACAACAAAAUGACAAAAAUAAAAAUCAACAAUUUGCAAUGAUAUCAAAUGAAAAAUAUGAUGAUAUUGAUGUUGUUAAAACUGAAAAUUAUGAUGAUGAUGAUGUUGAUACAAGAAAAUCAUCAUCAUUACCAAUAAUUGAUAAAAAUAAUAAUGAUGAUAACAAUAGUGUUAAUAUAACAAGAUAUCCAAUUAGUAGAACAGAUUAUAUGCAUCAAGUUCAAAGCACUACAGAAAAUAUGCACGUUAAAGAUGGAAAGAUCGAAGAUUUUAAUGAUAAAGAUAAUAAAAUUAAUAAAAUGAAUCAAAAACAAUUUGAAUUAUUGAAAAAUCAACAAAAGUUGUCUGAGAAUAAUGAUGAUGAUAAAGAUGAACAAACUUUAAAUAAAUUGAAAAAAAUUGAUUUAUCAGUUGGUCUAAUGAUUGAUUUAUCAAUUUUAACGCCAACAACAACUUCAAUACCAGAUACUCUAAUAAAUGUAACAACAAUAGCGAAAGAAAAUAAUUUGAAAAAUAAACGUUUUAAACGGAAUAUUGAAGAAAAAUAUGAUAAUAUAACAGAUAUUACUAUAAAUAUUGAUAAUGUUGAUAGUUAUAAUGAUGAUGAUACUAAUGGUAGUAAUAUUAUAAUGCCAAAUAUAACAACUAUAAGUUCAAGUGAUAUUAAUACAAGUGAUAUUAGUUAUAAUAAUUCACUCAUAAAAGAAUCUAUAAAUUCUAAUAUUGAUUCCUAUUCUUCUUCCUCCUCCUAUUCUUUAUUACCACACUCUUCUUCCAAUCUAUAUUUAAAUAAUUCAUCUAUAUCGAUUUCAUUACCAACAAUUUCUUCUUCUGAUUUGUCAUCAUAUUUUUCAAUUAAUUCAUCAAUUCCAACAAAUAUAACAAGUCAAAUUUUAAAAGGAACUACAAGAUAUAAUGAAAUUGAAAUGAUUUCUUCUGUCACUACUGCUACUACUUCUAAUACUAUUACUACUGCUACUACUACUACUACUAAUGAUAAUUCUAAUAAAAAAAUUAAAAACAAUAAAACUAAAAUUACUAAAAAUGAAGAUAUUUUACCAUCUUCUAUUCAAAAUAGUCAAAAUAGUUAUAUUAUAAAAAAAAAUAAUAGUUAUAAUGAUAGUAGUAGUAAUAGUAAAAAUUUUAAUAUAAAUAAUAAAAAUAUCCUGCCCUCACCACCGUUAAUACACAAACAGCAAACGGAUGUGUCAAAUAUAAAUUCUAGUUUAGAUAUGAAUAAUAUUAAUAAUAGUAAUAAUGAAGAUAAUAAUAAAGAUAAUUAUAAUUAUAAUAAUUAUAAUAUUAAUUAUAAGUUAAAUAGUUUUAAUCAAAAACAAACAAAUGUUAAUAAUAAAUUAAAUAAUAAAAAUAUUAAUGAAGAGUUUAGUCAUUCAAAUAAUUAUAAUGAUAAUAUUAAUAAUAAAAAUAAAAAUUUAUUAAAUAAAAAAAUUUUAAAUAAUAAUAAUAAUGAAGGUAAUAAAAAUAAUAAUAAUAAUAAUAAUAUUAAUAGUAAAAAUAUUAUUAAUAAUGAUAAUAAUAAUAACAAUAAAUUAGUAAUUAAAAAAUUAAUUAGUCCAAAACGUAAGAAAAUUCAUGAACCAAUUGUUAUUAUCGAUGAUAAUGGUGAAGAAUUUGAUAGCGGUAUUAGUUCCGUUAUAUCUGAUAGUGAUAGUAAUAGUUUUAUAAAUAAUAAUAAUGAUAAUUUAAAAAUAAAUAAAUUUAGUAAUAAUAAAAUAAAAUAUAAUAAUAAAAAUGGUGGGGGUGAUGGUAAUAAUAAUUAUAAUAACAAAAAUAAUAACAACAAUGGUGAUAUAGAAAAUCCUGAUUAUCAGCAUGAUGAACCAUUAGUAUUACCAUUACGUCCAAUAAUGCAUGAUGAAGAAAUGUCUGUUGUUUAUGCCGAUCAGCAUAGUGAAGUUAAAUUGGCAUGUGAAGUUGAUAUGGAUAUUAAGAGUAAUAAAUGGUAUAGAAAUGGACAGCAAAUUUCCGUCAUGGAUCGAACUAGUAGAGUUACUGAUUAUCGUUUCAUAAGGGAAUCAAAUGGUGUUUUAACCAUAAAUAAUGUAAUGUUGGAAGAUAAUGGUAAAUGGGAAUGUGAAGCAUGGAAUGAUCGAAAUUUAAAAGAAAAUGCACGUCCCGUUAAAUUAGUAGUAUUAGACCGUCCAAAACCUCCCUACUUGUUAAUAGAUUCACGUCGUUUAGAUGCUGGGAAUAUUUUUGUACCUGUUAAAGAAAAUUCCGAAUUAAGUUUAGCAUGUGUAAGUGAAGGUGGUAAUCCAAAACCAACAUUAACAUGGGAAGUUUUAUUAAGUCCUGGUGUUGAUAGACAUGCACAAAAAGUUGCCGCUGAGGUAUUAGAACUAGAGGAAAUCAAAUUAGAUAAGGAUGCAGAACCAUACAAAAUGAAUAGCGGGGCAAAAAGUGAAGCAAGAUUACCAGCAGUUUAUAGAGCACAUCAUAAUGCCAGAAUAUUAUGUGUUAUGGAACAUCCAACAUUGAAAAGUCGAUUAAAUGCAUCAAUUCUAUUAGAUGUUCAAUAUACACCAUCAUUUGCAAUAUCAAGGACACCAGGUUUUGGUUAUCCAUUACGUGAAGGUAUGGAAGUUUCUUUAAAAUGUGAUGUCGAUUCAAAUCCGGCUAGUACACCAAGAUGGCAAAAGGAUGAUGGUGAUCCACCGGUACCACAAUCUGGUGAUGGUUUUCUUAAUUUUACAUCAAUAAGAAGAGAACAUUCCGGUUGGUAUAAGUGCACUUCAAGGCAUUUGAAUUUUCAAUAUUCAAGUAUUGGUUAUUAUCUAAGUGUCAGAUAUGAUUCUGUUGAUGUUACUUCUGAACCAGAUGAUCAAGAAGUUUCUGUAGCAGCGUCACAUAAUCCUAACAAAGGUCAAUUGGAAGUCCAAUUGGGUGGUGCAGUAACACUGCAAUGCCCUCAAGGUUCCUUAGGUUGCUGGUCACAUUUGGAUCCAGUAACCGCUAGGUUACGAGGUUUAGGUAAUGGUUUAUCAACACCAACUGGACAAUUUUCAUUAAAGGAUGUUGUAUAUCAGGAUGCUGGAACAUAUAAAUGUAUCGGUCAAUCGACAACAAAUAAAAAGAAAUUAGAAGUUUUACAAACAGUUGGUUUAACAGUAAAAGGUCAUCCAACAGUUGUUGCAAGAGAUGCAAAUCCAAUUGCAUAUCCUGGUUCACCAUUACAUUUAUCAGUUGAAUUUUGUGCAAAUCCUCCAGCUCAUGCUGCACGUUGGUUACAUGAUGAUCGUGUUUAUACACCUGGAAAUCAAUAUGGACAGUCUGUAUUAGCUUAUGGUGUAACGGAUCUACCAACACCAUUCUGUAAAGAAGCUCGUCUUACUUAUAUUGCUAUGCAUGAAAAAGUUAAACGUACUUUCUAUUUUAUUGUAUCAUCUCCUGGUGGUGUUGCUGAAGCUAUUUUUAAAGUUAACUUUACAUUACGUUAUCGUCAGAUGUCAAAUGCAAUUGACGAUGAAGAAGAAGAAUUAAGUGAACCCGAAGAAAUUCAUUUCCCUGUAUUCGGUAGUUCAUCAAAUAAUUUGGUUUCGACGAUGUUCGAUAGCUUAAAUAGCCUACAUCGCAAUAAUUUUAGAAUAAAUUUAACUUCUAUAUUUAAAUUAAUCCUUCAACUAUGUAUAAUAUUAUUAUGUAUUUCAAUGGAUGUUUUUCUGUAGAAACUAUUUAUAUAUUAUAUAUUAUUAUAUACAACCACUUAUAUACUAUUAAAUUAACUAUUUAUAAUUAUUGUAUUAAUAGAAAACAAAACAUACAAAAAAAACAAAAACAAACACACAAAAACAAAAAUUUAACUAUGCUACUAAUUAAUAAAAAAAAAACAAAUUAGAGAAAAAAUAAUUUAAUACAAAAAUAAAAAUGAGUCAGUGAAAAAAAGCCUAAUUAAAUAAUGUAAAAAAAAAAUUAUAUGCUUUGAAUUUUCUGUGUAAAGAAAAAUUCUUAAAAUUAGAAAGAAUUUUAAACUUUAUAGAAAAAUAUUGCGCUCUAAAAAUGUUGUUGCAAAAAUUACGUAAGACGAAUAAUGAUUAUUAGGAAUUUUUGAUUUCAAAAUAAUUAAAUAAUUUAAGAUUCUAAGAACAAAUUUAUAAAAAUUGGACUUGUGUUUAAUUAUGUUCGUGUAAGUGUUACUAUUAACAUUUUCAUGGCUUUAACAAAUAACAAACAAGUAUUAUUUAAAAAUUAUUCAAAUAACCCUAUAGUUCUAUUAGAAACUUAUCUCGAAAGUGCUCGCAAAGUUUUAAUAAUUUAUUUCCAAAAUAAGGUUUUGUUCACAUAAAUGUUCCAAAUUAUAUUCAACAAAUCCUCCGGCAAUGAAAAUUAUCUUCAUGUUUUUGAACAACUUAAUACUUAGUCAAUAGAUGCCAUGAAUGUUUUGUGUGCGCUCUAUUGAAUAAUAAAUUUUUAAAAUAGCAGAAUUAAGUAAUAUUCACGAGGAAUAAGUUCGCAUGUGGUCUAAGGUGGGUACUCUAUUUGAAGCUAUAUUACUUACAAAUUUAAUCACUGUGGGCAAUAAAUUAACAGGAAGUACAUAACAUUGCUUUGUUCCUCAUCUUGCUGUAUAUCACUUCAAUACUUCGAUUAUUCUAAAUAACUUGCUAUUAAAAGAAUUAAAAAUUUCAUUUGUUUUUUAUUAUUAAAAUAAAAUUUAUUAUCUGACUUGUUUGAUCACAAACAACUUUAACUAUCGAUUGAGUCUACAUUUUUUGGUCUUAAUCAUCGUCUUGAUCAUCUUAACAAAGUCCAACUUUUAUAUAAAUUUUUCAGAUCGUCUUAUGUU